CCCCACACAAGUCCGAUGACACGGAACGCACCUGGAAUUUCUAGAUGAUUAGGUAUUAUCUCAAGUACAUAGACGCCAACAACGCGCGACCGAAGUCGCAUGUGCCAGCUUAAACCCCUAAGAAAAUCCAGGAACCCAGCAGCCCAGCAGCCCAGCAGCCUUAGGCGGUCUACACAGCUCCUGACUGACAGCGUUCCAAAUCUCAAUCUCGCAUGAGACGUGUCACACCACCAUUGGGAUCACUCUCGUCCAUCCCGUGAAUGGUCUAGCUCUAAUUACCGCCGCGCCGUACAAGGGGAAAAAGAACGUGUGUCAGGAGAUUGACGAUCAAGCAGGGCCUAACAGAAACAUUGCUGAGACGGUGGCAACGGUGGGAGUUUUUAUUUAAUUUUCUCUCUUCAAUUUCGUCUAUAAUUGUGUCCCCGGGUGGUUGAUUUCACUCCGCUCUGCCUAUGAUUAAACCAUUUCGGACUUACACCCAUAACCACUACCUACCUACUUACCUAGGUAAAUAUCAGAAACACAACCAGUAAACGAUAAAAGAGGUCUCGGGGUUUUGCUUUUCAUCAAAAUGUGCAUCGUUCUUAUCACGACGGCCCAUCCGAAAUAUGCACUUAUUGCUCUUGACAAUCGGGAUGAAUACAUCCUAAGACCUACUAGCCGGCCACACUGGUGGACCCACCAGCCUUCAGGAGAACAAAUACUGUCCGCGCGAGACUUGUACCGUAAAGAGCGAGGGACAUGGCUAGGCGUCACUAAAACCGGACGAUUCGCCGUGCUGACAAAUUAUCGGGAGUCGAGCGAAGAUGACCCGGACCCGGAUCACGCCAUCGCCGGGGUCAGGAGCCGAGGUACCAUAGUGAGUGCCUGGCUGGGUGCCCCUUCUGGACUUGGCCUGGACGACUUCGUCCAUACGAUGCUAGAAGGUCGCGCUGCCAAGGGUGUCGGAGGGUUUUCGCUUGUAUGCGGUGAUUUGAAGCAGAGGACCGAGAAGGGCAUUAAGCCGCUCGCGAUCAUCUCCAAUCGGUGGGACCAUGUCGGCGAGGUCCCAUGGAUAGGUGGGGAACGUGGACAAAUAUAUGGCCUAAGCAAUGCCGUCUAUGUAGAACCUGCCCAAUGGGACAAGAUCAAUAUCGGGAAGAAAUUGGCCGAGGAGGCAAUACAAGAAGCUGUCGACAAGGACCUGAACGAAGAAGAGCUUACCAACCGGCUCUUCAAGGUCCUCGAUCAUGAUACGCUACCCUUGGAGCCAAAAAUGAGUUUUCAAGAGCACAUGGAUGCCCUUCGGCGGUCUGUAUUCAUUCGCAGCUUCGCAGAAGAUCAAGGAUGGAAAGACAUGGCUGACGCGGCCGAUGAGGGGAGGGCAAAAGCAGCAUUUGAUGCAAUCGAAGAUGAGAGCGAGCCGGAAGAGCAUAGGGAUGCGCAUGGAUAUUUUAUGAAGGGUGCUUAUGGUACUCAAAGACAGACCAUUAUUCUUUUAGAUUGGGAAGGCAAUAUUACAUAUAAAGAGCGGGCGUUAUGGGAUUCUCACGGGAACCCAAUUGAAAGGGGAAAGGGGGAUGAGACGUUCAAGUUUAAGAUAGAAGAAUAAUGUGAUAUAGAAAGCAAAACGAGAAAUUAUUAGACAUCUUUGGCACAUAGCAACAUAUCCUAACGCACCCGUAUCUGUAGCAUCCUCUCUAACUAAAACACUC